AUGGCUACCGCAAAGAAGAUCCAAUUAUCUCCCCAGACCGACACUGGAGUUUGGAGUACAGGUGUGACAGAGGACUCAGCCAAAAUAGCAAGCGAGGUCCUUCAGGAGGACUUGGAGAAGCAUCAUGUUUAUUUCAAUGACAUGGGGUUCCACAACCACAUCGUUCAUCACAUCCUAACACUUUACGCCCUCGGUGCAUCGCCAAGUGAGAUAAAAGCUGCCUACGACAGAAACAAGGUCUACCAACGACCUACACUCCCCGUGGACGAGAGCGUUGUGCAGUCGCUUCAUGACAAGGCUAAGUUCAAGGACUGCCUUGGGAAGCAGAAAAAUUAUCCGAAUUUUCUGAAAUUCUUCCAGCGCGAGAUUGGACAGAAGGGUGUUGAGAAGGUCCUGAGUGAAUAUGUGUUUUCUGGGGAUGAGAAUGCGGAGAGUAUGUUGGCGAGGUUGUUUGGAGGACUUCUGCACCCAAUUAUUCACCUCGGUUUCGCAAUUGAAUUCAACCAGCCGGCUAUCAUUGCUGAAGCGCUCGCGCAGACAGCAAUCCACGAAGAUUGGACCGGUUCGCGGUUCCUCUGGCCAUCAGAGGAAGCUGCAGGUGGGAUUGGUAAGCAAGGAACGAAGACCAUGCUGCAGCUCUUGGAAGAGGCGCGCGCGGAUAAGAAGCUAGCGAGCUCGGUUCUUUGGGAAGACGGAAACAAACUCCGUGACGGGGUGCUCAAACGGGCACCGGAGGAGAUGCUCAAAUAUGCUUCUCAAUAUACGGUCUCCGAGGAGCAGAUCCAGGACAAGUUUGCCGAGAUGGUUGAUGUGUCUGUAUACUUUAGCAGCGCCUGCCAACGCCCAUCCAAAGAAGUUAAAUUCGACUUUUUCUACAUCCACACCGUCAACUCGUCCAUCUUCUACUCCAAAAUCCUCGCCCUGCCCUUCCUAGACACACACACCAAGCUCCGCCUCCUUGAAUGGAAAGGACGCAUGGAUCUCUUAAUGUACAUUUCCCGCAACGCACCCGAGCUCUACCUCGAUGAGAUCACAAGAUACCCAAUCAAGAGUGACUGGGACACCAUCAUCACCCAGAGCAACCGCCAUCCCCACGAUGAUGGGCAUUUGUCUAAGCUAGUGCGGGCACUCAGGAAUGCGGAGAGUAUCUGUCGGCCAUAUGAGGGACAGGAAAAGGAACGGGGACUUAAGAUUACAGGGGAUAGUUGGUUGAAAAUUGGGAAUAUGGUUAGCGAUUCGGUCAAGGGCAAGGGGGAAACGACCAUGUGGGUUCGGUCGACAGGCUUCGAUGAGGCUUGGGAGCAGUUUGACGAUAGGGCGAGACUUUAG